AUGCAUGCACAAACCAAAAGAUUGUACGCGCUACACACUGUAGUCGAUGGAAAACGUAAUCAAAACAGCAGGCAAAGGAGAUACUUAAUAUUUACUCCGAGCACACAAUGGGGUGUAUUCGUAACAAUAGCUAUCCCCCUAGAGUCGGAGUCGACGGUGAGCGUGGCUUGGUUCUUCGAAGCUAAUUACUACAACGUUGCCAACGCCAGCUACUUUGAACCUUUGCUAGGCGAUAUUGAGAUACCCAGUAAGAGGGAACAGCGUAGCACCAUUGAAACGAAGAAUAUGUUCACAAGAAGAUAUUUCUACACUUUGAUAGAGUCAAUGCUGGAAAAGCACGGCCACUCGGGGCGCCCUUGCUUACUCAGAGCUAUUUGUGAGAACGCCACCUCGCAUUUCUUGCAUAACGGCAUCCUAGGCGAUUUACUUCAUCUCGUCCUGACGCCAUCAUCAUCAAUGUCAGAAGACGACAUAGAAGACUGUUAUUAUGAGGCUGAAUAUUGGGGAUUGGAGAAUAAAUGUCAAUACUACACUGAAGACUGCCCAACGAGCCCACUCGACUAUAUAUCUUUUAUAUUAAACGAUGAAAGUUAUUGA